UUGCGGAGCCCCAACAGCAGGCGCUGAAGUAAAAAGGGGGGAGCACGGUCAGCACCCUCUGUACUGGGAUCCGGUGGUUGCUGCAGCGAGACCCCCUUAAUUACUUGUCCUCUGUGUCCUUGUAGAAGCUGCCUCUGCGGCUGUUCCUUGAGCCUCCUCUCCCUGCCACCCACACCAUGGCCAGCAGCAGCAGUGGUAGUAGUACUAGUACGAGCAGCAGCGCCCUAACCGGGCGUCUCCCAGGGGCCCGGGGGGCCAACCCCCGUAAGGGCCGUAUCCUGGGAUUAUUCGAUGCCAUCCAGGACGCGGUGGGACCCCCAAAACAGGCAGCGGCCGACAGGAGGACGGUGGAGAAGACCUGGAAACUGAUGGAUAAAGUGGUAAGAUUAUGUCAAAAUCCAAAGCUUCAGUUGAAGAACAGCCCGCCUUACAUUCUUGAUAUUUUACCUGACACAUAUCAACAUCUGCGUCUUAUACUGAGCAAGUAUGAUGAUAACCAGAAGCUUGUGCAGCUCAGUGAGAAUGAGUAUUUUAAAAUCUACAUAGACAGCCUAAUGAAGAAAUCAAAGAGGGCCAUCAGACUCUUUAAAGAAGGAAAAGAGCGAAUGUACGAGGAGCAAUCUCAGGAAAGGAGGAAUCUUACAAAGCUAUCUCUAAUAUUUAGCCAUAUGUUGGCAGAAAUCAAGGCAAUCUUUCCCAACGGACAGUUUCAAGGAGACAAUUUCCGUAUUACGAAGGCAGAUGCUGCUGAGUUCUGGAGAAAAUUUUUUGGAGAGAAAACCAUUGUCCCAUGGAAAGUCUUCAGACAGUGCCUUCAUGAGGUCCAUCAAAUCAGCUCUGGUUUGGAAGCAAUGGCUCUAAAAUCGACAAUAGACUUGACAUGCAAUGACUACAUUUCUGUUUUUGAAUUUGAUAUCUUUACUAGACUUUUUCAGCCAUGGAGCUCCAUAUUAAGGAACUGGAAUUUUUUAGCAGUAACACAUCCUGGGUACAUGGCAUUCCUAACAUAUGAUGAAGUUAAAGCACGUUUACAGAAAUAUAGCAACAAGCCAGGGAGUUAUAUUUUUAGAUUGAGUUGCACAAGACUUGGGCAGUGGGCAAUUGGCUAUGUGACUGGUGAUGGAAAUAUCUUACAGACAAUACCUCAUAACAAACCAUUGUUUCAAGCGCUCAUUGAUGGCAGUCGAGAAGGAUUUUAUCUUUAUCCUGAUGGACGGAGUUAUAAUCCUGAUUUAACUGACUUGUGUGAGCCUAUGCCACAUGAUCAUAUUAAAGUUACACAGGAACAAUAUGAAUUAUAUUGUGAAAUGGGCUCCACCUUCCAGCUGUGUAAAAUAUGUGCAGAGAAUGACAAAGAUGUGAAGAUUGAACCUUGUGGACAUUUGAUGUGCACUUCAUGCCUGACCUCAUGGCAGGAGUCGGACGGUCAAGGAUGCCCUUUUUGUCGCUGUGAAAUCAAGGGUACAGAACCUAUAAUAGUUGAUCCUUUUGACCCAAGAGAUGAAAGCAGAUGCUGUAAUUUGGAGAGUUUGAGUACUCCUAUAUUGGACUUUGAUGAUGAUGAUGAACGGGAAGAUUGUUUGGUGAUGAAUCGGUUGGCCUCUGUAAGGAAGAUUGACAGACAGAAUUCACCAGUGACAUCUCCAGGGUCAUCCCCUCUUACACAAAGGAAAAAAACACCACCUGAUCCAUUGCAGAUACCCCACCUGAACCUUCCUCCUGUACCUCCACGAUUGGAUCUCAUUCACAAAGGAGUAGCUCGAUCUCCUUGUGCUAGUCCUACAGGGUCACCAAAGUCCUCUCCAUGUAUGGUUCGAAAACAAGAUAAACCACUUCCAGCUCCUCCGCCUCCUACGAGAGAGCCACCACCACCUCCGGAGAGACCUCAAAUCCAGUCUGACAGCAGAACGUGUAGACACUUGCAUCAUGUGGAAAAUGUGCCAUGUAGAGACCAGCCUAUGCCUCUUGAAGCCUGGUGUCCAAGAGACAUUUCCGGUGCCAAUCAUUUAUCGACAUGUCGCAUAACACUUGAGAGUUCUUCUAAGCUUGGGAAAACUGCUAGUUCGGUUUUAAACGGAAGGCAUGGUCGUCUGAGUUCUGAUCCCCGAUUUAUGCACAAGCAUCAUAAAAAUCACGAAUUGCCAUUAGAAAAUGUAAGGGUUUUAUCAAAUGUUUUGAUGGAAGAAUAUGAUGUGCCUCCUCGACUUUCACCUCCUCUGCCAACAAUUACUAUCAACCCUAGUAUGAAGUGUCCUUUGUUACAUUCUCUGUCCGAUAAAGUGAGAAAUUCCUUAGAGGACGAUGAAGGUGAAUAUAAAAUUCCUUCCUCUCACCCUGUAUCUUCACGCCCACUACCGCUGCACUGUCACAGUGUCAAACCUUUUUCUAGAUUGUGCGAGAAUGGACCGUGUUUAACCAAUGGGACACACAAUGGCGCAUCUGAAAUGAAACAUUUUAAACCUCCAGACCAUGGUGAUGUCCUGGCCACAAGUUCUGUACCAGUUCCUUUACCUCCAGCACGGCCUUCAUCUAGAGAAAACCAGCCACAUGGUUCUUCUCUCAUCAGGACACCCUCCGAUUAUGAUCUUCUGGUUCCCCAUCCAGGUGAUGAGACUUUUGACAGCCCCCCUCCCUCGCAACCCCCACCGCCUCCACCCCCCCCAGCACGUGCCUCCAUCACUGAGCACUCAAAACCCAUUGCGUCGGGUAGCAGACCGAAUUCGGGUGUGGAUUUAUGUCCUCCUCCUUUGGAUCAUUGUGUAGAUGCUUCUUUACGUUCAGUUCGGAGAGUAACAAAUGAGGUCAAGCUAAACAGACUUUCCCAAGAAUAUGAUCAUCUCCCAUCGUGUUCAGAUUGUCCUCAAGCACCAGCAAGGCCCCCCAAGCCACUACCCCGCAGGACAGCACCUGAAAUACACCACAGGAGACCAUAUAGCGCUGAUGGCUCUGAAAAUGUAGAUGCAAAAAUAGCCAAGCUGAUGGGAGAGGGAUUUUCAUUUGACGAAGUUAAAAGGGCUCUUGAAAUUGCUCAAAAUAAUAUUGACGUGGCUCGCAGUAUAUUGAGAGAAUUUGCCUGCUGCCCACCUCCUGUGUGCCCACGUCUAAACCUAUAAAACAUUACAUGUACUUCAGACUUGAUUUUAGAAGCUAAUACAGAGGAAUUGUAUUCUUAAACUUCUUAACUUAAAACUUUCAUUUGGACUUCUGGGCCAAGGUCCCACCUGUGCUAGUCAUAUGGGAGGGAAAACCUUCAUUCAGCAAAAAGACAAUAUGAUAAAAUGUUUACUCCCUACAAAAAACAAUUCUGUGAAUUAUUUUUAUUUUUUAUUUUUUUUAAGCUGGUAAGCUUUUGUUUCCUAGUUUGCUUCCCAUAAUGUUACUAUUUUGAAAUAUGGACUAUUCUUGUUGUAGCAUUUCGGUGGCAAUUUCUGACCUCACCGCAUUCUGGAAAAUGCGCAUUUAUAUAUUUUUUUAUUUUGUUUUUAAUUUUUGUAUGUCAUUAUUAAUUUAUCCAAAACUACAAACAAGUGGCCUUCACUACUGACAUUCUGAGAAUUAUUUUGUAUUCGGUGGGGGGUGGGGGGAAUAUUUGAAUGUAAAAUGGAAGUAAUGUUGGUAGGUUAUAUUGAUAUUUUGAUACUGAUGUUUAGCAAAGCAAUGUUACUUUGGCUAUGGCAACUUUUAAUCUUCUAUGAUCUUUGAAAGAAAUGCAUAAAAGCAAAGGCUUACAAUAAAAUCCUUAAGCAUCAUCUGUUUACACCAUGGAAUUUAGAAUAAAUAACCAUCAGGAUAUGGAACAAUUUUAAACAGCUUUAUUUAAUCUCUGCUACAGCAUUUGAGUUUGAAGUGUAGGAAUGGAAAAUCAGGAGCAUCAAAUCAAUUACUUAUCUGUAAACCUCUUUUUUUUUUUCUAAAGUUGCUUACAAUUUUGUAGCAAAACCCUUAAUUACAGAGACUGUAGGAGUAAACUUUUCAGUACUCAUGUGGCCACAAUUAGUUUAUUAUGGUAAAUGAUAUCAAGAAUGUUUGGUUGAAAAUUAUAGGAUGUUCCGUUUCACUGUAUUUUAUUCAGUCCUGUGCUUUAAUGUAUUUGUUUUUUACAGAAAUAUUGAAAAAUGGCUUUCCCUGUAAGUUGAUGAUGCUGCUAUUGUAUACACGAUUUAGGAGAAUGUGUCUCCGUUGUUAUUAACUGACCAACCAUUUGCAAUAAAGCACCAGUGUUAAGCC